GGAUUUUUAAAUAUUGCCAAUCUUCUAAUCCAACUUGUGGCAGAAGAAUGGGAAGCAAGUUACAUUUGCAAUGAGUUUCUCCAGGUUUCUAGUUUUCCUUUCCCUCAUGCAAUGUUCACUACAGUCAUCAGUUACUUUUACAUUGCGAGGAAAUGCCAAUGGACAGCCUUGUGUAUUCCCUUUCAAAUACAAAGACAAGCAGUACAAUGAGUGCACAGAUGCUGGCAGGUCAGAUGGGCUGCUCUGGUGUGCAACAACUUCAGAUUUUGAUGCCGAUAAACUCUAUGGAUUUUGCCCACUGAUAAACAACACUGAAAGAUUUUGGACAGAAGACGUUUCAACCGGCAUUCACUACCAGAUAAACUCAGAAUCAGCCCUAACAUGGCACCAAGCAAGGAAAAGCUGUCAGCAGCAAAAUGCAGAACUACUGAGCAUUACAGAGAUUCAGGAGCAAGCAUAUGUAGGAGAGCUAACUAAAGAAUUUGGUUUUGCCUUCUGGAUUGGAUUGAAUGCUUUGGACUUCAACAGUGGAUGGCAAUGGGCUGGGGGCAGCCCUUUCAGAUAUUUAAACUGGGCUCCAGGAAGUCCCUUCCUGCUCCCUGGGAAAAUCUGUGGACUGUUGAAUCCCAGAAAGAAUGGUAAAUGGGAAAACCAGGCAUGCAACCAGAGACUAGGCUACAUUUGUAAAAAAGGAUCCUUCAGUUCAAAGCCUGAUAUUAUGCCCAAAGGGGAAUUGAGGCCUGUUCAGUGCAUGGAUGGCUGGUGGCCAUAUGCAGGUCACUGCUACAGCAUUCACCGGGACCCCAAAACAUGGGAAGAUGCUCUGUCUUCAUGUAAAAAGCAAGAUGGAGAUUUGGCAAGCAUCCACAACAUUGCUGAAUACAGCUUUCUAGUGUCACAGCUUGGUUACAAACCAACAGAAGAGCUGUGGCUGGGUCUGAAUGACCUGAAGACUCACUUCUACUUCGAGUGGAGCGACGGGACGCCUGUGACGUUCACCAAAUGGCAGCGCCGGCAUCCCACCUACACCAGCGGUGCGGAGCACUGCGCCGCUAUGAAGGGGCAGGAUGGAUACUGGGCAACUGAUGCUUGUAAUAAGCAACUUGGUUACAUCUGUAAAAAGAAGCCUUCAUCACAAUCCUCUGAAAAAGAGACAAUCGAGGACCUAGGCUGCCAGAAAGGCUGGAAAAGAUAUGAUUUUCACUGUUACUUGGUGGGUUCUGCACUUUUGACAUUCUCAGAAGCAAAUAAGACAUGUGAACAGAGCAAAGCUUAUCUAGCUACGGUGGAAAGCAGAAACGAGCAAACCUUUCUGAUUAGUCUGACGGGGCUGAGGUCUGAAGAAUAUUUCUGGAUUGGUCUCUCUGACACAGAAGAGCAAGGGAGUUUCAGGUGGACCAAUGGAGAAACUGCUCAUUUCACACACUGGAACACAGCCAUGCCAGGGAAAGAGCAAGGCUGUGUUGUCAUGGGGACUGGAAUUGCAGCUGGAUUAUGGGAUGUCGUUAGCUGUGAGAAGACAUCAAAUUAUCUUUGCAAACAGCGGGCAGCAGGAGUGCCACCUCCUGCUCCUCCAGGCCAGGUCCCUGCAGCUGCGUGUGCCGAAGGCUGGGACAGAGCCUCGCGGGCAGACUCAUGCCUCAAAUUUUUUGUGAGAGAGGGAAACCAAAAGAAGUCUUGGUUUGAAGCAGAAGAAUUCUGUAGAGAAAUUGGUGGAAAUCUGGUCACAAUCAAUACAAGAGAAGAUCAAAUUUUAUUAUGGCAAUUAGCUUCGGACAAAGGACUGAACACUCAGGCUUUCUGGAUCGGUUUGUUUCUCUUAAAUCCUGAUGAAGGAUUUUCCUGGAUUGAUGGCUCCCCUGUAAUUUAUGAGAACUGGGAGGAAGAUGAACCCAACAACUACAAAGAACUUGAACAUUGCGUUAUGUUUAAUAGAUCACCCCAAAUGCGCUGGAAUGACUUGCACUGUGAACAUUUACUUAAUUGGAUUUGUGAAACAAAAAAAGGUACAUUGAUAAAGCCUGAAGCAAACUACAAGCUUGACUAUCAGCUCACCAGUGAUGGAUGGAUUAUAUAUGAAAAUAAGCAGUACUAUUUCAGCAAAGAACAUGUCCAUAUGGAAGAAGCACGGAGAAUUUGUCAGAAGAACUUUGCUGAUCUUGUUGUCAUUGAGAGAGAAAGCAAAAGACGAUUUCUGUGGCACUAUAUUUACACAAAACACAGAGGAAAAUCAUUUUUCAUUGGCUUAGUUGUCAGCUUUGAUCAGAGAUUCAGAUGGCUGGAUGACAGCCCAGUGAAUUUUGUUGCCUGGGCUCCAAAUGAACCCAAUUUUGCAAACAAUGAUGAAAACUGUGUGAUAAUGUCAGAAGAUUUUGGCUUAUGGAAAGACAUAAGUUGUGCUGUGCAAAAGGCCUUUAUCUGUGAAAGGCAAAAUUCAACUUACUCAGGAUUUGCUCCUCCUGUACUUCCACCUCUGGGAGGAUGUCCUGAAACUUGGCUUUUGUUUAAAAAUAAGUGUUAUAAAAUAUUUGGACCCAGAGAAGAAGAGAAACUAACUUGGCACUCAGCAAGAAGUGUUUGUAGAGAAUUAGGGGGAAAUUUGGCCUCUAUACACAAUAACCAAGUGCAAGCUUUCCUCACUUUCCAUCUAAAGGAUGUUGCCAGUGAAACAUGGAUUGGGCUGAAUGACAUUAACAGUGAGAAUACAUACCUCUGGACAGAUGGAAGCAUUUUUGACUAUUCAAAUUGGGCCCCAGGAUUCCCAUUCAGAGAUAAUUUCAUGGUGGUUGACUGGAAGUAUAUUACAAUAGAGACUGAUUGUAUUGCAAUGACAAGAAGGUCUGUAGAUGAUGCAGGAUUAUGGGAAAAUACUGACUGCCAGCAUAAUAAAAGUUAUAUUUGCCAGAUGGACAGCGAGCCUGAACUGUUUCACCCCACAAGUGCUCCAGAUUUCGAUUUUGUCCAUUAUGGCAAUAGCAGCUAUUUAAUCAUUCCUUCUAAAAUGAAUUGGGAAGAAGCAAGAAAAGCAUGCAAGGAGAAAUCUUCAGAGCUUGCCAGCAUUUUUGAUUAUUACAGUAAUAUAUUCUUACUGCUGCAGGCAGUACAGUAUGGAGAGCCCUUAUGGAUUGGGCUCAACAGCAAUGUGAAUUAUGGAUAUUAUAGGUGGACCAAUAAAAGGAAAGUAAGUUUUUCUAAGUGGGACUAUGGAGAACCAAAACAGAGAACAGCCUGUGUCUAUCUAGCACUCUCUGGGAGAUGGAAAACAGCACAUUGUAAUGAGAAACAUCUUUCUAUCUGCAAAAAAUCUGAGGAUGUAGUUCCUUCUGAUCCCCCCCAGGAUAUUGGACAAUGUCCUGAAUCUGAUCACAUAUCUUGGAUUCCUUUCCGAAGCCACUGCUAUAACUUCAAUGCCAAUGAAAUGAGCUGGGCUCAGUCUGUGACUCAGUGCAUUCAAUCAGGUGGUAUGUUGGCUUCUGUAGAAGAUCUGUAUGAAUCAAACUUUUUAAUAGAACAUGCAGAUUUAUAUGCAAGUAAGACAAGUGGCUUCUGGAUAGGAAUAUACAGAAAUGUAAAUGGGCAGCUGCUUUGGCAAGAUAACAGUGCCUUAGACUUUGUCAACUGGGCAGAGGGGCAGCCCUCGGGGGACGAGCUGGCUUUCUGCGUGGAGCUGUCUGCAGCCACAGGCUACUGGAGUAUCCUGCCCUGCUCUUCCCAAAAGGGCUUUAUUUGUAAGAAACCAAAGACUCUUCCUAAAGUGGCUGGCAACGUAGAAGAUGCCAAAAAGAACAAAGCCAGUGGUCACCUGAAUAUGUGGUUACUACUUACUCUGGUCCUCAUAAUUUUAUUGGGGGUGGGCUUCAUGAUUUAUUUCUUGUUCAAGAUCAAAACUGGAAGUGGAACUGGAAGAGAGGUGAGGCGGAGCAGCAGGCAGCUGGAAUACAUCCAUGCCCUAAGUGCAGGGGACAAUGGAAGUGAUGCUACCAGCAACAAAGAAAAAAAUGAACACAGUGUUGUCUGAUGGGAUAAAACAGCCAAACUAAAUGGUUAAGCUGAAAAAAAUAUAGCUGAACUAAA